GAAUUAGAUUCAGAUAUUUACAUCUUUCUUGGCCAUGGCUGAGAUUGAUGGCAUUCACAAUCUUUCAGCUGCCAGGAAGCUGUUGAAAACUAGCUUAGAAAACUCUAGAGCUCUUGCCUCUGCUUUGGAGAGAACUGGGCCGAGAUUGGAGGAGAUAAAGAUAAAGUUGCCAGCUUUGGAAGCUCAAGUUGGACCCUGCUCGUCUAGAAUAUGCAAAUCUGUUGCUUUCAGAGACCAUGUUGAUCUUGCUGUUGGCCCUGCUGCAGCUGUCCUCAAGAUGUUUGAUUCUAUUCGUCAACUAGAGGAGAUGCUAUUAUCAGUCCCUUCUCUUGAUGAUCUUUCCAAUUACAUUUCAGCAACUGUAAGGCUUGAAGAAGCAUUGAAGUUUCUUGCUGAUAAUUGCCGCCUGGCAAUCCAAUGGCUGCAGGGUCUUGUGGAGUUCAUGGCAGAUGGUGAUUUUACUAUUGAUGAUAGGUAUAUCUCAAAGCUGCAAAUGUCAUUUAAGAUUCUGCAGGAGUUGCAGGGAACCAGGGAACAUGCUUGUUUAAAAGGAGGGCUUCUGUAUGUUGCAUUUGACAAGCUGGAGACUUUAUUCAAGCGGCUUUUGAUGGAUACUUCUUUGUCAUCAUUAUCAACUGUAGAGCAAGGAUAUGUCGCUUCAGCAGUUUUCCCAGGGUCUAUACUGGGGAAAUUACAGGCUAUUGUUAAAAGAUUGAACGCUAAUGGCAGGCUAAAGAAUUGCAGGACCAUAAUUGUUGAGGCUCGAAGUAUGUGUGCUCGAAGAAGUUUGCAAACUCUUGAUACUGAUUUUCUUAAGAAAUCAAUCACAGAAUCUGACGACUUUCAGGAUAUAGAAGGCUGCAUAACUCAAUGGGGCAAGCAAUUGGAGCUGGCUGUGAAGUAUGUUCUUGAGCUUGAAUACAGAUUGUGUAAAGAAGUCUUCAAUCAUACUGAAUCAGAUGUCUGGACAGGUUGUUUUGCGGAGAUCUCGGCCCAAUCUGGGAUUCUUUCUUUACUCCAAUUUGGAAUGAGCAUUGCCAAAAGUAAGAAAGAUCCCAUCAAACUCCUGAAGCUUCUGCAAGUUUUUGCAGUUCUUGAUCAGCUGAGAAUGGAUUUCAAUAGACUUUUUGGUGGGGUAGCCUGUGUUGAAAUCCAAAACAUGACAAGAGAUCUUAUUAAGAAAGUUGUCAAUGGAGUUGAUGAGAUAUUUUGGGAACUUCCAUUACAAGUAGAGCAACAAAGGCAAAGUCCUCCACCUACAGAUGGCAGCAUACCAAGGUUGGUUACUUUUGUGACUGACUACUCUAACCAGCUGCUGGGCGAUAAGUAUCGGCCAAUGUUGACCAAGGUUUUGGAGAUAAACCAAAUGUGGAAAAAUGAGAAGUAUGAAGAAGUGCUUUUCACCGGCCAGAUUUAUAGUAUAAUGAGGGAAAUUGCAGUUAACCUGGAUGUGUGGUCAAAAGCCUAUGAGAGCACCCCACUAUCUUACAUUUUCAUGAUGAAUAAUCAUUGUCAUUUCCACAGUCUGAAAGUCACAAGCCUAGGCAGCAUGAUGGGAGAUUCUUGGUUGAGUGCUCAUGGGCAAUACAAGGACUACUAUGCAGCACUUUACCUGAAAGAAACCUGGGGAAAGCUGCUGCAUUUUCUAACCAAAGAGAAUCAAAUCUCCUCCUCUCCUAACAGCAGAACUGGCCCCAAUCUCCUCAAGAAGAGUCUAAAGGCCUUCAAUGAAGCAUUUGAGGACAUCUACAAGAUGCAGUCAAAUUGGGUAAUAUCUGAUAAAGGCUUGAGGCAGAAGAUGUGUCAGCUCUUAGUCCAGACUAUUGUGCCUGCUUAUAAGUACUAUCUGCAGAACUAUACUCUUCUGGUGGAAGGGGAUGCUGAUGCUUCUAAGCAUGUGAAAUAUAGCUCAAAAAGCUUGGAGAAUAUGCUUAACAUUCUGUUCUGGCCAAAGCUUUUGAAUUUUGAAAGCAUGAGAGACUCUAGCUAUGCUGAUGAAAUACAAAAUGUUUUGAGAAAUCAAUGUUGCUUGACACUUAAAGCUAUGUGACUGUUUUAACCAUUUUUAGUCCUCGGUCCUUCCUUACCAAUCCACCAAGGGGAAAACCGAAAAUGUAUUAAAUAUUUGGUUAACUAAAUCAAGAUCUCAUCUCACU